AUGGUCAAGAAAGAGGCUAGCUCCCCCUCCAUAAGCGAAAAAUAUUACUUUCGCUCACAUUAAUGCUUUGCGAAGUUUAAAAAAUCCCAAUUCAAGCAAAAUUGAUUUAAUUUGCAAAAUUUAUAUUUAAAAUAAGCUAUUUAAUAUUAAAUAGAAUUAGCUAGAGGUUUCAUUAUACUAAUUAUCACUUAUAUAUCAAAAUAUUUUUUCAUAAAACAUUUUUAUAUUAAAAUUUUUGUUCGCUCACAGAGAGUGUUUUUGCCUAAAAAUAUGGAUUUUUCCAAUGGUUUAGCCGCUCACAGAGGGGGAGUAAGAAGGUGCCUGAAUCACUACAAAAGCUUAGAAGCAGAAUUGCCGCUAACGAAGCUGCAAGAACUGAAGCUAAAGUUCAGGCAGAGCAAUAUCGUGUAGCCGCAGCCCAAGAAGCCCUUGAAAGAUCUGAAAAGCAUCUUAAAGAUUAUGUUGCAUCUCAAGUCCUCAACCAAGACAACCAACAAACAGCCAACGAGAACAGAGAUUUCUGGGUCGAGCCUGAGCCAAAAGUGAUCCUCGCUAUUAGAAUCAAAGGUAUCAACAGAUGUCCACCAAAGGUCAGAUCAAUUCUCAAGCUUUUUAGACUUAUUCAGCUUCACAGUGCAGUUUUGAUUAAAAACAACAAAGCUACCAAGAAUAUGCUUAAACUUGUUGAGCCUUGGAUUACAUACGGAUACCCAUCUAGAGAAACCAUUCAGAAGCUUGUUUACAAGAGAGGCUACUUGAAGCUUAAUAAAAACAGAAUUCCUCUUUAUGAUAAUGCUCAGAUUGAAAAGGAACUUGGGAAAUUCAAGAUUGUCUGUGCUGAAGAUGUAGUCACUGAACUAGCUACUUGUGGGCCACACUUUAAAGAAGUCAAUAACUUGCUCUGGAGAUUCAAAUUAUCCUCACCUAAAGGUGGAUUCAGCCAUAAAAGGACUUCCUAUAUUCAAGGAGGAGAUUGGGGAAACAGAGAAAAGAAGAUAAACAACUUAGUUCUUAGAAUGCUCUAA